AUGGCUGGGGAAAUGGGUCAUGCCGAUCUAAGAAAUCCUGGGAAUGGGCCUUCUCCAGCUGAGAAAUGUCCUGCUCCUGCCCCAUGCCCGUGGUGGCACAGAGUCCUCCUCACAGCCGGGGCUCUGGGGCACCUCGUCCUGCUGGUGCUGGUGGUGCUCCGAAAUGUGAGUGUUUUUCAGGGAUCUCCAGGUCCUGAAAGUGACACCAGAGUUGAGAGCCAGGCCAGGAACCAGAGGGAGCAAUGCAUCUUCCCAUCCCUGUUGUGGUACUUCUGCCAGCCCCAGGGGCAGAGCCCCCCAGCCCCUGCUGGCUGCAAGCUGUGCCCCCAGGACUGGCAGCUCCGUGGGGAGAGAUGCUACUGGCUCUCCAAGGAAUCGGGGAACUGGACUCGGGGCAGGAAAAGCUGCGAAGAUCAGGGCUCCGAGCUGGUGGUGCUCAAGAACGAGACAGAAAUGGAGAACGUCGAGAGUGUCACAAGUAGGAUCUCGUGGUCGGUGUGGGUCGGGUUGAGGUCGCGGCAGAAGGAGUGGACGUGGGUGGAUGACACCCCCUACGACCCCCACAGGUUUGGGGACCUGCCGGAGCUGGAUAAAGGGUGUGGGACCCUGAAAGGCAAGAGCUUGGAUCUUGAUAUCUGUGCCAGUGACCACAAGUGGGUUUGCCAAAAAGCCCCUUUCCAGCUCUCCUCGCCCACAGUUGGGAAGCUGGAUGAUGCCUCCACCUGA